CUAAAAGUUUAUCCUUCCAUAUUAAUAUGUCUAUAUAUAGAGCAAGAUUUAGAGAGUUUUACAAGGGAACUCAGCAAAGGAGGAACUUGGUUUUUAUUGAAGUGAUUUAAAAAUAUGAAGGGGCUUGGCUUCAUCACUUUCUUCUUACUUAUAUUGUUUGCAAACAUCAUAGAAUCAAGGCAUGAGCCAGGAGAUCAUCAUUGGAGAAAUUUGAUCAAAGAUGAAGCAAUUAAAGACAUUAUCCAUUCUGAUCCAAAAUCUCUUCUUUCUGAAAAUAAAAGGGAUGAUUGCACCCAAACUUUGAAGCUGGGAGAUGGAAAGCUUUUCGUCGAGAAUAUUGAGCCCCAGCGAAGUGCUUCAAUUUAUCGAGCUGACACCAGAACAAAGCUUUUUCUGGAGGAUAAUGAACCACGAUCAAGUAUCCCAUUUAUUCUCGAUAACAUCAAAACGAAGCCGGUAAAAAAUAUAGAACCACGUCCAAGUACCAUAUUCUCUGUAGGUGAUAUCGAAACAAAGCCGGUCAAAGAUAUAGAACUACAACCAAGUGCUACAUUUUAUCCUGAUGAUGUCAAAACAAAACUUUUUAUCAAAGAUUUAGAGCCAAGACCAAAUCUUUCAUUUUAUCCUGACGAUGUCAAGACAAAACUUUUUACCAAAGAUUUAGAGCCACGACCAAAUCUUUCAUUUUAUCCUGAUGAUGUCAAGACAAAACUUUUUACCAAAGAUUUAGAGCCAAGACCAAAUCUUUCAUUUUAUCCUGACGAUGUCAAGACAAAACUUUUUACCAAAGAUUUAGAGCCAAGGCCAAAUCUUUCAUUUUAUCCUGACGAUGUCAAGACAAAAUUUUUUACCAAAGAUUUAGAGCCCCGACCAAAUCUUUCAUUUUAUCCUGACGAUGUCAAGACAGAGCUUUUUACAAAAGAUUUAGAGCCCCAACCAACUCUUUCAUUUUAUCGUGAUGAUGUCAUGACAAAGCUUUUUACCAAAGAUUUAGAGCCACGACCAAAUCUUUCAUUUUAUCCAGAUGAUGUCAAGACAAAACUUUUUACCAAAGAUUUAGAGUCACGACCAAAUCUUUCACUUCAUCCUGAUGCUGUCAAGACAAAGCAUUUUACCAAAGAUUUAGAGUCCCAACCAAAUCUAUCAUUUUAUCCACAGAAUCUCAAAGCCAAAGAGUACUCUCUUGAUGCUCACCAGGGUGAGGCCGACAUACAGUUAGCACAAGCUUAAUGUUACAUCAAAAUAGCGAGAGAGGAAAGCACGAGAACUUAUAUCAAGGGAAGAAAAUUGCUGGAACAUUUAAGAAUCCCUAAUGCUAUGUUACAACAUGUUUAUGGUUUGUUUAAUUUACUUUUCUAUUGGAUGUGAUUGGACCUUUGUAAAAAAAUAAAGUUGUUUUUAUGAAUAAAAUUAUGACGAAACUAUCUGUUUAGAACCUUCUAAA